CUAGGUUGGAAUGGCUGUUGGAGUUGCAGCAUUAGCUAUUCUGUCCGGAAAGGCGAAUUUUUGUCAUUUGUCAAGGGAAUGAAUGAGAGAAUCUUCAGAAGAUCUAGCAUCUUGUUCAGUCGAUUUGUUGUAAAAUAACUAGUUUAGUUAGAUUUAGUAGGGACGAAUUUCAGGUUGUGAUAUUCGGGGCAUGAGUGCAUAGAUUGGAAGGGACCAAAUUAGGCACAAUGAUCAGCAAACACCUUCUGCUGACCUACCUGUAUCUCUUAGUGUACAUAACACUAUCCUCGGGAGUUAUUCUGUAUAACAAGUGGGUUCUGUCGCCAAAGUAUUUCAAUUUCCCAUUGCCGAUAACUCUUACCAUGAUUCAUAUGGGCUUUUCAGGUUUUGUGGCAUUCGUUCUGAUCCGUGUUCUUAAGGUUGUAUCACCUGUGAAGAUGACUUUUGAAAUAUAUGCGACAUGUGUGAUUCCUAUCAGUGCAUUCUUUGCGGCAAGUCUUUGGUUUGGAAAUACAGCCUACUUAUUCAUCUCUGUGGCCUUCAUCCAGAUGCUCAAAGCCUUGAUGCCAGUUGCCACUUUUCUCAUGGCUGUUCUUUGUGGAACCGACAAAUUAAGAUGUGAUUUAUUUCUGAACAUGCUGUUGGUCAGUUUUGGGGUUGUGAUAUCAUCAUAUGGGGAAAUCCAUUUUAAUGUAGUGGGCACGGUGUAUCAAGUUACCGGAAUAUUUGCAGAAGCUCUUAGAUUGGUUCUCACCCAAGUUCUUCUUCAAAAGAAGGGCUUAACACUCAAUCCUAUCACAAGCUUGUAUUACAUUGCUCCAUGCAGUUUUGUGUUCCUCUUUGUACCAUGGUACCUCUUGGAGAUGCCCGGGAUUGAAGUAUCACAGAUCCGGUUCAAUUUUUGGAUAUUCUUCUCAAAUGCACUCUGUGCAUUGGCUUUAAAUUUCUCAAUCUUCCUGGUAAUUGGUAGAACCAGUGCUAUUACUAUUCGAGUUGCUGGUGUUCUGAAAGACUGGAUUCUUAUCGCCCUUUCAACUGUCAUUUUCCCGGAGUCAGCCAUCACAAAGCUUAAUAUCAUCGGUUAUGCUGUUGCCCUUUGUGGUGUUGUCAUGUACAAUUACUUGAAGGCCAAUGAUGUUAGGUCAUCCCAAUCUCCCGGAGAUGGUGAACGAACAGCAAAGGAUCUGAGAUCUUCCAAUAUGUAUGGUCUGGACGACAACUCCUCAAACAAUGGUAUGGGAUUAAAGAACGCAAGGAGUGGGCAUAUAGAGGUUGUGAUAGAUGAGGACGUCCCUUUUAUUCCUGCUUCGAAGGGUCUGUUGUCGAGGUCAAAACCUAGUUAGAGAUAGGUGCUGGGAUUGAAUUACAGUUGUUCCUUCUAUUGUUGGUCUAUUCUUGGAGCAGCUCUUUUUUUGCAGUGCAUUGUUAAUUCUUUAUCUAGAGAGUAUCAUCAUGGAUACUUAAAACACCUCUUAAGAGGGUUUGGAGUAUGCAAUGGAAUAGUAGGCUGUUUGCGUUAA